GGUUUUCAGUCUCUCGCCUCGACCAGCCGUCGCACCCGAGCGCCUCCACGCCGCCGAGAAAGGGACGCCGGAGGAGGAUCCUCUGCUCGUCGUCCUCCGCAUCUCGCCCCCGUCCAACCCAAACGCCCCAAAAGCUCACAAAACCCUAGCUUUCUUCCUAAAACUCCCGCAGCAUGUCGGCAUCCACCAGCGGCGGCGGGGGGCUCUCGCCGCAGGCGGCCGCGGCGCUCCAGGAGGGCAUCGGGCUGGUGUUCGCGCGGUGGACGGCGCUGCAGAUGGCGGUGGAGAACGAGUGGGGCGGCCGCGACUCCCGCGCCAAGGCCGACCGGCUCGCCGCCGACGUCCUCUCCUUCUUCACCACCUCCAAAGGUCCAUAUUAUUUUGAUGACUUGGAGGAGAUGAUGUUUGACAACAUAUCCGAAUUCUUCAAUGCUGACUUUGAGGAUGGAAGUGUUGGGGAGGUUGCUGAACAAGUAUUGAUUAUGCAUGAAGAAUGCCUGCAAAACAACUAUUCGUCGAUUGAGAAGCUAAGGAACACGCGUGCUCAAGCAAAUGCUGUUUCCCAAAGUAGAAUGAUGGUAACUGAUGAAGGCGAUGAUAGCUCGGAUGAUAGCUCGGACGAUGACGACGGCGAUGAACCAGCCAGGGCAGAUGAUAUGUCGGUGGAUGAGCCAAAGCCUUGCAAGCCUGCCCCUGAUGCUGACGGGUGGACUGUUGUGCCACCGAAGCGCGGCGGCCGGGGCAAGAAUUAAGCACAGAAGCAAACCUUGCCAACAAACUGCCAUCUGAGAGGCCGUUUUGGUCCGAAGGCUUUGAAGCGUGAUUAGCAAAACCUUGGCAACCACUUCCUGCCGCUUGUGCCAUUUUGGUCUUGGAGGUUUUGAAGUGUUUGCACUCCACCUGUAUUACUUGGAUUUUGUCGGGAAUGUUGGUUGUGUAGCAUGUUUUCCUUGCUUACUCUCUUCGUGUUCGACUUGGCAACGAAAGAUCUGGAUUGUAAACGGGUCUAAAAUAUCCUUAUGUUAGUGCCCGCUGUGUAGGUUUUGUUUAUCUAAAAACUAAACAUGUCGAGUAUCUGAAUUGCCUAUGUUAUUGUCCA